GCAGUUUUGUGGACCAAGAAUUGUUGGAGUUAGGAAAUUUAAAAGUCGUGGACAAACAUGCCACUAAAAAAAGCAGUUAUUGUUCCAGGGAAUGGAGCAGGGAAUGUCGAACAGUGUAACUGGUACGGAUGGGCGAAUAAACAGAUAAAUAAGAUCCCAGAUAUGACAUGCCUGCUUAAAAACAUGCCAGACCCAGUGACUGCCAGAGAGAGUAUUUGGCUACCUUUUAUGGAGAAGGAGUUGCAAUGUGAUGAAGAGACAGUCAUCAUCGGCCACAGUUCUGGCGCUGCAGCUGCCAUGAGGUAUGCUGAAACACACAAAGUGUUUGCGAUCAUCCUCGUAGGUGCAUACAUUUCAGAUUUGGGAGACGAGAAUGAAAGGGAGAGUGGUUAUUUCAGUCGACCAUGGGAGUGGGAGAAAAUCAGACAGAACGUUGGACACAUAGUUCAGUUUGGAUCCACUGAUGACCCCUUCCUUCCCUGGAAAGAACAGAAGGCAGUUGCAGAUGGACUACAGGCAGAGCUACAUAAAUAUUCAGACAGAGGACAUUUCCAGAACACACACUUUCAGGAGCUGAUUGAUGCGGUGCAGAAGUUAAAAACAGCAGACUAAGGAUGACACAAGGACUGAAACUUCCAGAUCAUUUCUCGCAGCAAUGGACUUGGGCAUUCUAUUAAAUGAUCAUGAAACAACAAUGAUAUAAUAUGCUUGAAUGUCUUUUUUUUUUUUUAAAGUUGCUUACAAACAUUAUUUGAAAUAUAAUCCAAAGGUGUACUUCCAUUCUAGCACAGUUUUACUUUCCAAUAUUGGUGCCAAAUGAUUUUUGCUGUAGCAUCUGACAUUCACAUUGUAUUCACAG